AGGACUCUAAGCAUAUUAGCACGAAAAACAAAUGUGCGCAAAAAUUGUUAGUUAAUGUUAGAAAAGCUUGGGCUGGUGGACCCAUGAGGUUGUGCGGUUCUCUUUAUUUUAUGGGCUAAAAUGGAAACGCGAAGCAGUUUGCGCUUCAUGCACUCGGAGGAGGAGGAAGACGAGGACCAAUUGAAACGAAUAUCCAUGUGCUUUAGUAUUGGCAUCUCGGAGGUUGUACAAAAUCACAACAAUAAUUUCAACAAGGUCGUUACACCAGAUCAAAAUGAUUGCAUUUUAGGGCGAAACCCAGGCGGAGGUCUAUUUGGAGCUGUAGAAGAUAAAUACAAUAAGGAUAGUUCGAUGUCUUUUGCGGUGCCAAACAAAUUUUUUGCCGAAAGUCGUAGUUUUUUGAGUGGGUUCGACAAAUAUUGUAGACGGUUAAAUGCAACACGUAGGAGGUCGACUAUGAGUUUUGAUCACCUUAGCUAUAAACAAGAUAAAAAAAGUCUAAGGGAACCACCCUACAAGCCUGAGCGUUGUCCAAAGCACACUAAUAAAGGUACACGUCAAUUACCGCACCGGCGAAACCUCAUGGAGUCUUACGAAUGCCCAAGCCGAUUAAACUUGAACUCGUAUGAAAAAAAUUACAAUCCUCCAAGUUACAAGCCAUUCAAAGAACGGACUCAUAGAAAACCUAAACGAGAGCUAGAACAAGAAACGUUAAAGGAACCAUUCUCCGAUCUUGGGUAUAAUAGAGAGCGCACUCGGGAAAGGGAUCAUUCAAGGAAGGUGCGACACGAAAAGUACUAUGAAGGAAACAAUAACUUUUACAAUGCUUUUUACAACUGCGACUUUCCGACAAAAGUGACUGAUAAAUCAUACAAAUUGAAUCCCUCUGGACAUAAUGAGUAUACUCAUAACAAGCUAUUGAACAAAGCUCCUUACAAAGAAAAGAGGCAAGCUUCUGGUUAUACCGAUCCUAAUUAUGUGGCAGCUUAUAACUACUAUAAUCCUGAGCCAAUGUAUUCACCAGUACAGUACGGUUCAGAGUGGGACUUUUAUCACAAUGCAGCAAUUCCAAACGCUGGAAAAUACUAUUACCGAAAGCCUAAUAGGUAUAAUAAUUAUGAGUAUGAUUAUGAUUGUUAUGAUGAUCCUGAGUUGUAUAGAUUUCCACCCGUUCGAAGGAAAUCUGUUGAUUUUUUCCCUAAUGAUUGUGAGAUACCAUAUAACAUAUUAAAAAAAGCAAGGAAAUGUGCAGCAAUGCCCAAACAAAGAUAUGGAUAUCCAGAAUACGAAUUAUGCUCUCGUGCUUCGGCUGUUGAAAUUCCCUAUAAGAGAAUGAAGCGAAAAUAUAUUUCAAGCUUUGAAUAUGAGCCGGAGCCUAACUGCUCAGACUCGGGUUGUGAUAUCUACAGCAUGACCUACCCACAACGGCCGGUCAAAACAUACAUAGAGCCUUGGCCGCCAAGUAGCUGUCAGAAGUCGUGCCAUGGCUAUAAUCCCUUAACUCGGCCCAGUCAUUCCCAGUUUUGUGAUGUGCCUCGAAAAUGCAACCAGAAGUCGCUUAAGCAAAAGGUCUCUGGAUUUUUCAAACGGUCGAAAUGCAAGUCUCGGAUAAAAUGUUGCCGAAGGCCCAAUCUGCGAUACUGUUGCCCGGGUGAGGCUUCAGUCUGCAAUUUGAACCGUAUGCAUAGUAAACCCUGCAUUGAUUGCUGCAACUCCUUCAGCAGCAUAUCAUGUGGCGUAAGGUGUGGGCGGUAUCCAAACUGCCCCAUAAAACCCAGCUAUUGCGGUACAUCGAUCCGGAAAACAAGAUGCGCCGCUUACCCAACGGUAUACAAAAACAGAUGCCUGAAGAGAUGUGGUGACGAACUGUCCUGCAUGUCAUGCACCAAUUAUCUUCCGAAGGUAAAUAACUCUAAGUUUGAGUGUGAAAACAGGGGAGUUUCUAAAUGCUGCAGUGAAUAUUGCAGAAAUUUGGACGAGCCAUCGUGUCAAGGUGCUGUUUUUCUCCAAAAAGCAGCAUGUGUUGAAGCACCCAACUCUUGUGUAUCUGCCGACAAGGAUGUUGCCCCAAUCCGUUGUUGCUGUGCCAAUAACAAUGCAGACAAGAAUAUUGGAUGCUGCACUUAUAGCUGCCCAAAUAAUGCUGAGGAACCUACACCUUGUUGCUUCCCGAAGGUUGACGCACGGAAAUCUUGUUCCUCUAUUUGCUCCAAAAAGGAAACUCCUACUGUGCCUAGUACAAUCAAUUUACGCCUAACUAUUUGCACCACCAGCGGAAACUUGGUCGAACCGCCCAAAAUCACAACCACAUUGGUCGAACCCGUUUGCAAAACAAGCAGUGUAGCAAAAUGCCAGUUGGAGUCGAGUGCAGACAAAUGCCAGUUGGAGUCGAAAUCCCAUAGUGGAACAAGAUGCCAGUUGGCUUCAAGAAUCAACAGUUGCGUUGCAGUAUCGGAGAUGCCGAAGCCUUGCUGCUCCCUUCCAAAAUUACCUUGUCCCAGUGGAAUAAUAUCGUCAUGUAAGAAGCCUUCAUUAUCGGAACAGCCCAACUGCGCCUUCUCUUGCCACAAGGUACCUUCGACUUGUGCCAUUAAAACGAACUCUGCAUGCAACCCCGUGUGUUCGGGAAGCAAGUGUAACUUAAGCAUGUCAAGACCCCCAUUGCCCUGUAACUCUAGAAGCAACUGUAGAGUUACCGUGUCGGAGUCAAUUCCACAUUCGCCUUGUUUAAGCCGUACUAGUAUCGCUUGUACGGAAAAUGACUUUAUGAGCGUGCGCUGCAAUCAAUCAAAACUUAUGACUCCUAAAACCAGCACUACCUGCAUAAAGAGCAUAAUAACGCCAAAACCUAUACUUUCCACAUCCAGAUGCGAGCAACCGAAGACUGGAUGUAAGAAAGCCAGUACCAUAUCUUUUAACAUAAUUGAGCCAAAUCAGCCAUGCAAAAGAAAUAUCUGUGAUAGUUCUGCUGCUUGUCUGGAAAGCACACUAUAUAGGGGCAGACCUGUGGAGUGCGGAGCCGGAGCAGGCCAAUGUGUCAACGCCUGUCAAGCGGAAGAGUCGUGUUGCUGCAAAUGUUUAAACGAACUACAACCGUGUAAAUCGGUUGCCCAGUGCACUCUAAAUGCUCGACCAGCAACUGCACCAUGCCAUAACAAGGUAGAAUUGCUCUGCACUGCAAAUCCCCUGUGGAAAAAUCAAGAAGCAUGCGGAAAUUUGUGCUGUCCGAAGCUGAGCAGUGAUCAGAAUGCGAAUUGCGAUUGCCGUCCAUCAUAUGUGGAGGAACUGAAGAAAGAACUUCUGGAUGCCUUGAGGAGCGAGCAAAAAUUGAAUGCUCAACUACAAUUUCAGCAGCCAACGCCGCAAAUAAGUUUGUUCCCAUGCGUUCCAGAGGCCCAGACAUACCCCAUGUGCCCACCACAUGGCAACCCAUGCUGCCGUGCGGAACCCGGCCUGAAAUGCUGGGCACCGCUAUGAUCUGAGCCAUGGCAA